GGAGACCAGAUGGAUGAGACUCUCUCCAAUAGGGGCGAACUCAUUCCCACAUUCGUUCAAUAGAAAAAUGUAUCUUCUUGUUGAACAAUCUGACCUUCAAGUCCCUUUUAGUUCUUUAAUGGACAAACUCAGAAAGUCCUUCAAAUCUGACCAACGCCAUCCAAACCACCCUGAAGAACGACAAAUUCUCUUGAACCAAAGUGAAAAUCCCAUGGCAUCACAGUCUACUGAUCUGGGCGAUCGUAAAGACGUAGUAAUCAAAAUCACUGGCAAAGAGAACAGUAAACAAACUGAGAUUGCUUCACAAUCGCCGUCGCCGUCGCAGAUUUCCGAUCGUGGAAGUGAUACUACCGGCAAGAUGUGGGGAGACUCUAGCUACGAUUUCUCGAACGAUGUAACGUUGGCUAGAGUUGCGAGAGAGUUCGACUUUACGACAGAUUCACCGUUGUCGCAGCGUUCGCCGUUAUCGAGAAUUCCUGAGAGUCCGAACUACGGUCAAGUUUCGCCGAGGGAAGUGAGGGUUUCUUUCAACGAGACCACGACUGAGUCGGUUCGAAGACGGUCCAAUGCUGGUGCUGAGCUCAUUGGUGGUGAACAACAAGAGGUUUUAGUGUGCAGUUCGAACUCGUCGUUUCGGCAGAAAUCGAGCUGGUUGAGGACGAAGUCGAAGUCGAGGUUGAUGGACCCACCUGAAGAUCAGAGGUCUCAGAGACUCAUGAAGUCUGGUAUGAUCGGAAAAGUUAGUGAAAUUGACGAGGACGACCCUUUCUUGGAGGAAGAUCUACCAGAUGAGUACAAGACGAUGAAGUUCAGUACAUUGGCUCUGCUUCAAUGGGUGAGCUUGAUUUUGAUCAUUGCAGCUUUGGUUUGUAGCAUUGCCAUUCCAUUUUUAAGAAGAAAAACGAUUUUUGAGCUUGAAUUGUGGAAAUGGGAGCUUAUGAUUUUGGUUUUGAUCUGUGGAAGACUGGUUUCGGGUUGGGGAAUUCGAAUCGUUGUGUUCUUCAUUGAGCGUAAUUUUCUGUUGCGAAAACGGGUUUUGUAUUUUGUUUAUGGGUUGAGGAAUGCUGUGCAGAAUUGUAUUUGGUUGGGUUUGGUUUUGAUUGCCUGGCAAUGUAUUUUUGAUAAGAAGGUUGAGAGAAUGACCGAUGGGAUGGUAUUACCUUAUGUGACCAAAAUUUGGGUGUGUCUUUUGGUGGGUACUCUGAUUUGGCUUCUGAAAACACUUCUUGUUAAGGUUCUUGCUUCCUCCUUCCAUGUCAAUACGUUUUUUGAUCGGAUUCAAGAGUCUUUGUUUAAUCAGUAUGUAAUUGAGACACUCUCGGGUCCACCAUUGAUUGAAAUUGAGGAAGAACAGGAAGAGGAGGAGAGGGUCAUGGUUGAGGUACAGAAGCUUCAGAAUGCUGGGGCAACUAUUCCUGCAGACCUGAGGGCAAAUUUGUUUCCAAGGAGUGGGAAAGGAACACCUCAAAAGAGCCCCAUGUCUGCCACUGGAACUACUAAUACAAAGAGUCCUAGAUUUUCUAGGGUCAACUCUAAGAAGGAGAAGGAUGAGGAGAGGAUCAAAAUUGACCACUUGCACAGGUUGAAUCAGAAGAAUAUUUCAGCAUGGAAUAUGAAGAGGUUGAUGAAUAUUGUUCGAAAAGGGGUGCUAUCGACUUUGGAUGAGCAACUACAAGAGUCAACUACUGAGGACGAGUCUGCAGUGCAGAUCACAAAUGAAAACCAGGCAAAAGCUGCAGCCAAGAAGAUAUUCUGCAAUGUGAGCAACCCAGGGUCCAAGCACAUCUACCUCAAUGAUCUGAUGCGCUUUAUGAGAGACGAUGAAGCCUUGAAGACCUUGCAUCUCUUUGAAGGAGCAAGUGAAAGCAAGGGCAUAAGCAAGAGAGUUCUUAAAAAUUGGGUGCAUUAGUCGCCUCUUCUAGAUAUACGUUAUUGUAAAGAUGCACAUCAUUGAAAUAUGGUCAAUGCAUUCAGAGAACGGAGAGCUCUUGCUUUAUCUCUCAAUGACACCAAAACUGCCGUAAACAAACUCCACCACAUGUUGAAUGUCCUUGUAGGACUCCUCAUAGUAGUUAUCUGGCUUCUUAUACUCAAAGUUGCAACUACCCAUUUCUUCAUCUUUUUAAGCUCCCAGCUUCUUUUGGUGGUCUUCAUGUUUGGAAACACAUGCAAGACAACAUUUGAAUCAAUCGUCUUCUUAUUUGUAUUGCACCCAUAUGAUGUGGGAGACCGAGUGGAAGUGGAAGGA